CACCGAGCCAGUUGGUGUAGAGACUCCACCAAGUGCACCCGGCCGUGUAUCUAAUGCCAGGCCAUCUCGACCUGUCAAUCCGCUCAAUGUGUCGUCGCGUUACUCAAUUUGCCUUUUUUUUUUUUUUUGUUUGUUUUUAUUCGCUUGCAUCUCGAUACGCGAGAUGCGUAAAAUGUCGCAGCGCGACGCCGUAAGGCAAAUUGGAUUUUAAUUAACGAUCGAACUUUUUAUCAAUGAGAUUCAACACGUCGAGAGAUAUCACUGCAAUAUUUUAGCGCAAUUUUAUUAUUUUAUUAUUUGAUAGAUUUUCUUGCCUUAGUGUUUUGCUUUGAUGUGAUUUUCCUUCAAAUUUCACAUGACAAUAUUUUGAAGAUUAUUCUUGACUGCCGGUGGAGCAACAACUUUUGACGAAAAGUUUUUGGUUUUUUUUUCCCUUGGAUUUACGACCUCUUCGCCUGCAAUGAUGUCGUACGAUUACCCCCAUCCGGUUUCAAGAACGUACCAAUACAAAAAGAUAACGAAGCCCCUGCUAGAGAGGAAGAGAAGAGCGAGGAUAAACCGUUGCCUCGACGAACUCAAGGAUCUCAUGGUGGAUGCCUUGGAGACCGAGGGCGAGAACAUCAGCAAGCUGGAGAAGGCGGAUAUCCUCGAGCUGACGGUGCGUCAUCUGCAGAAGUUGCAGGCCUCGCGACCUUCCGGAUUAUCGGUGACGAUUACGAACGGCGACGAGAUCUCCGCGGAGAGCCGGUGGCAAUCUGGCUUCGGGCAUUGCGCGGCGGAAGCCUGCAGAUUUCUCUCGUCGCUUCCAGGUGAAGCCGCGGACAGAUUGGCGAGACACCUCGCAGCUGGUCUUCAGAAGACAAGCCUGCACGCAAAUUCGUCGCCAAAAGCCAACCUGUUAUCGCCUACCCUGGCCAAUCUGGACCACAUUGCCAACGUCGUGGCACCUUGCGGCACGUCCACCGAAAUUGACUCGGCGAUACUUCCAGCAAGCACAUCGCCGAUAAGAUCCACGCCUCACACCGAUAAAACUGUCGACGACGCGGCCGCGUCGACAACCGUUUCUUCCACGCCUCGAUGUCGAUCUUCGGUGUCGCUCGUUAACGCCAAUGAGAAAUUAACAGUAAAUUGCAGUGCCAAACCAAGGAGUCUGAGGGACCGCCAAGAAUCGACAACAAAGAUGGUAACGACGACGAGAAACAAAACAAACGAUCCGCAAGACAUUAACGCUGAUGACGACGAAGAAAUUGAUGUUGAGCGCGUGGACGAACGCGACCCGAUGUGGAGACCGUGGUAGUUCCCGAAUUCUUGUGUAACGAUAAGCGGUCGAAAUCCAUUCCUUAUAAAAAUAUUUCUUCACAUUUCGCCGUUCAGUUGUUUACGUAUGUACUACUUUUACAUUGAAAUUUUGUAAAAAGAUAACAAACAGAGGAGAACAAAACAAAGAAAAUAUAAUGGAAGUUUAAUCUCGAGUUAUAUUGUUUGAACGAUAGUUUUUAACUUAAGGAUUAAUUUUAAGAACUCUGGCGAUAUUACUGUUAAUAUAUUCCGAAGUUAAAUAUGAUACAAGUUUAUACACAUAUACUAUAUAUACUUCCCGAAGAUUGUCCAAACGAUGUUUUUGUUGCAAUUAAAUAUUUCGAUUGCAAUACUUUGUGUACCACACUUAUGCCAACAGAGACGAAGAAACACAAGCAGAGAUUAAUAAUACCCGGUUACCCCGAUCCAUAUUAUUCGAGUACUCAUAUCUUCCAGGAACGAGUAUCACUCGGAUAUUCGUAUUGUACGGGUAUUAUCGCACAUUGCAAACACACAUAGAACGUUUACCAGAAUACUCAGAUGUCCGAGUAUGAUUAGUUCUAAUAUAGAUAUAUAUAUAGAUAUAUAUAUAUGUUUACACACACACACACACACACACAAAGUUACAUUACUAUUAAUCUUGUGUUAAUUUUGUUAUUUUGGUACUUGGCUUUAAAUCAUUAGAUAAAUAUUAGUUUAUCUUUAAAUAAUUAUAUUACUACUUAGACUUGUGAUAUUAAAGUGUUUGUUCAAAUGGUAUGGCAAGACAAAAAAAAAGAUGAUCAAUAUCAAUUUUGACGCACUAUAUUAUUACAUUACGAGUUAAACAUACAUUAUGUGUGGCACUUUAUUCUGAAUAUUUUAUCCAUUGCUGCAUUGUUUGUUUGUUUUUUUUUUUUUUUUUUUAUACCGACAAUUCUUUACUUAAGAUGUAUAUUUUUAUCACGUAACGUAAGAAAAGCGUUAUAAUUAAUUUUAUGGUAUAGUCUAUUCGUAUAUAUGCAGAAAUACACUGCUAUAUAAUUAUUUAUGUUGAUUUAUUUUGAUGUUAAUAUCUACAUGUAUUACUUUGUGCGUGAUUAAUCUGUGAUAGAAGAUAAGAAUACGUAUUCGACAUUUUGCAUCAUGUAUAUGUG